CGAAAAAGAGGCGGGCUACGUUUGUGUUCAUUAUGCCGCGCCAAAAUUGAACCGAAAAUCGUAGCGUUAAUUUGCUUGCGAUCGGUCAAUCGCGGAUAUCGAACUUUACACCGCCUCGACGAGUGCAACAGGAAAAAAGAGAGAUAUAAAUGCCCGGGAUAAAUGCCUUAAAAUAACAGAAGUCUAAUACAGUUCUGGUGAUUGAGUCAUGGCCGAGUUAGCUUCCAGUAUGGCAGGCAUGCUGUUACCCAAUCACUUUCAGCCGCUGGACCAUGAUAGCGAGAGUGAUAAUGAUUCCAUCGAGUAUGGCAGCAGUGUGCAAAUCCCUUUCUCAUCCAUGUCGGAGACCAGCGACACAAGCUCUAGACCGGAGAUCAAGUCAAGUAGUCCUAAUGUCACUGUGGAAUACCUUCCACACUUGGAUCUCAAAGACAGGACAGAAGAUAGCUGGAGUCGAAUGGAUUCCUCAAAUCUUACAAACGACUCAGGCUUCACCCCAAAUUCUUCAGGAUUUAGUGCAGACCUCAGCUCCAGUGGUGGGUUCUCUUCGUCCUGUGACCUUAGUUUCAACUCAAAGAACUCUUCCUUAAAUUGCGGGGAGUCUUUCAGAACUCAGCCGCUUGGCACUUUUAGCUUUGAUGAGCAGGCGGGUUCCGGGCAACCUGUCACCCCAACAAAACUGGCAGAUGCCAAUGAGGUUCCGAAUGAUGACCCCUUGACCCCGACGGCAAACCUCAAGAUGCUGUUGAGUGCAAUGAGUCCUGAAAUUAGAAACAUGGAGAACAAGAAGAAGAAAGCGAGGUUAUUCGACGCAAUGGUAGAAGCAGCAUCGCAAGGAACAAUAUUGCCUAGUGCCCAAGGAACAAUGUCUUGUACAGACCUCGGAACAGAGUCUUCAAGCACCCUUGAAGCAAUGUCUACAAGCACUCUAGGAACAGUAUCACCUUGUAACCAAGAGACAGUGAUGACCUCCAGCGAAGACGUGUCCAUUCUAAACACCUCAUCGGGUCAUGAUUCAUCGUUCCUUUUGUCACCUACGGAUGAACACGGAACAGAGGAAGGAGAGAAAAACAACAGGAAAUCCAAGUCCCUUGGAUUACUUUGUCAAAAAUUCUUGACCAAAUAUCCAGACUACCCUCCAGAUGGCAAAGCCAUGGAUAUCUCAUUAGACCAGAUCUCAAAAGAUUUGAAUGUCGAGAGGCGGAGGAUCUAUGACAUUGUGAAUGUCCUUGAGAGUGUCGAGAUGGUAAGCCGGAGAGCAAAGAACCGUUACCUGUGGCACGGGAGGACACAUCUCUACCAAACACUGGCAAAACUAAAGUGUCUUGGACAGAGGCAGAAGUUCGCCGAGCAGCUGGCACUUCUUCACAGCAGGUUAGAAGACGGGAGUCUGUCGAUGGACGACACCAAAUCGCCGGUUUACGGACCGGACAGGAUGGCGAUGAGUGACGUUGCUAAGCAACCCCUCCAGGAUAUCGGCAACUUCCUGAAAUCCCCGGUGGAGACGGAGAUGAGGAAAGACGGUCGGGAGCACUGGGAAGAUGACACAAAGAGAGACAAGACCUUAGGAGUGAUGAGUCAGAAGUUUAUUAUGCUUUUCCUUGUCUGUAAGGAUCGGAUAAUCUCUUUGGAUGUAGCUGCCAGGAUUCUAAAAGGAGAUCAGAAUUAUCAGAUUGGAGAAAAUGCAAAGUUCAAGACUAAAGUAAGGAGACUGUAUGAUAUUGCCAACAUCUUGACAAGUCUGAAACUGAUCGAUAAAAUCCACUUAUCAGAGGGAAGGAGUCGCAAGCCAGCAUUCAGGUGGAUAGGGCCGGAUCCUGAUACAAGUCAUGUCGACUGGAGUGAGCUUCCCACAGGCAAGAAACCAACGCAGAAGCAUUCCUACUUUCCUCUACCGCCUGUGAAUUCAUCUUCCUGGUCGUCCAAUCCAACCCACAAACAAACCCCAGCCAUGGUCAAACUGCCCCUUGGGAAGACGACGCCGCUCAAGUCCCGCAUCAUCUGGAGCAGGAACGCAUCGUUCAGCGCGAUGUGCGAGGUCGCCGAGCAGGAGCAUCGCAAGUGUUCCUCGGCGCCGAACAGUCCCGUCAAGGAUGAGGUCGACAAGGAGAACAGCUCAACGUCGACGUUGAAUAAUGGCAGCAAAAAGGAAGAGGAGUUUAUUCAGGAGUUCCAAGCGCUGCGAAACAAGUACCCUGCCUGCGUGUCCAGACUGUUCUCUGGCUCCACCGUGACCUCAUCUGACCCUUCACCUCUGACCUCUGACGCAGCACCGUUGACCCCAGAGUCGUUCCAUCGUCGGCUAAGCCCCAGAGAUGGCUCACAGGUCACCACAGUGAGGAUAGCCAGCCCCAGAAGUCAGGGAGACGGGGAGUGUACGAGUGCCUCCAAGACGAAGUCGCAGAAGUUGGUCUAUGUGCAAAGGUUUGUCCCAUUGUUGAAUGCCAACACCAUAGCAGCCGUUCAGGCGAGCUCCACCCAUCAGACGAAUGCCGGUAACCCCACCAUCACCACCGGGAACCGAACCAUCGUCACGCCAAACAGCAACAGCCCCCUCGUGAGUGGACCCCACCCUGCGGUCAUAUCCCCGACUCCCGGAUCGGUCAUCCACCUGCUUCCGAUGAGACAGGAUAAUUGGGUGAAGCUCCCCAACGGCGGCGAGGCGGUCUCUAAGAGUGGGAUUGGCAACGGCCAGCAUUCCACCACAAAUUCUGUAGCAUCCCCGGAGGCUGCAGAAACUCAGGUCAAGUGUCCAGUGACGUCCAAUUCCAACCAGGUGGUGACCAUCAUACGACGCAGCAAACGAGCGGUCAAGCUCGCACUGGACAAGGAGUUUGAAUAUCACCCGCUCAUUAAGAAGGUCAAGUCUGGAGAUAAAGUUACUGGAACGACUAUUCAGAACCCACCAACCAAGGCUACCAUCUCUGAACCCACCAAGAAUUCUACCGUGAUCAUCACGCACCCCACCCAUCCUGUCAGCAUCCCUGAGGGACCCCACCCCCAGGCACACACCCCAGUGUCCCACCCACAAAAGAAGGCAGGCCAAGAGGAGACAGGAAACACCGUUUGUUAGGAAUGACACCAAACUGAGAAGAGCUGCCCUGAAGCACGUAAAAAGACGUCUUACAAUAGACCUUGAUAAAGAACCCUCGGAAACGGCAAAAGCCUCAACAGUGAAAGGUGCUACUCCAAGGUAUUCAAGCAAGAAAAUGCCUCGGUGCCAUUCCCUCUCUGAACUUGAUAAAAGAAAGGGUAUAACUUCUCCAGUUAAUGGACUAGUUGUUCCCUACCUUGAGACAAAUGGUGUGCUUCAUGGAAAAGAGAAAACAAGCAGUAGGUCUUCUGUGGAUGAAGCACGAACAGAAGCCAGAACACCUAGA